AUGAGCUACCCGGACUGGACUUGGAACCCCCGGCCAGGCUAUUUUGUGGGGAACACAGCGCCAGUUCCCGGCAAAGGCAUCCCGUCUCUCAACCUCCAAGACAAUGGGCAAGGCUACCGAACCUUUGAACCUCGGCAAGUACCUCAAGUGACAGCCUUCCCAUCGACGUUGGCAAUGGCUGCCACCUGGGAUGAGAAGCUAGGAAGGGUUUGGGGAGAGGCGCUUGGGCGCGAGUUCUUCGCGAAAGGAUCCAAUGUCAUACUCGGUCCCGGGCUCAAUGUGCACCGGGUCGCGCGGAAUGGGCGCAACAUUGAGUAUUUAUCUGGAGAGUCAGCGUAUUUGGGUUCACGGCUUGUCUCGGGCUAUGUCGAGGGUGUGCACUCCCAGCAUGUCCUCACCGUCAUGAAGCACUUCAUUGCCAAUCAUCAGGAAACGCGUCGUUCGGACGUUGAUGCGCAAGUGGCCAACCGCACCCUUUUCGAAACAUACUACCCUCCCUUCCAGGCGGCUAUUGAUGCUGGGUGCCUUGCGACUAUGUGUGCCUACAACAAGGUCAAUGGCCAUCACGCCUGUGGCAAUCCUGAGACUCUGGCAGGCCAUCUCAAAACCAACAUGCAGUACAAGGGCUGGGUCAUGAGUGACUGGUGGGCGACUCACAGCUUCGCUGCCGUGGAUGGCUUAGAUCAAGAGAUGCCUGGGAACUGUAUCUCCCUUAAACCAGAUUGGCAAGUGUUCUUUACUCCAGAGAACUUAGAUACACUUCCGGAGGAGAAGGUUCAGGACAUGGCGACACGGAUCCUGACUGGCGUGGUCCGCUAUGGGCUCAUGGAGCAUCGUGUGUGCGAACCGGCAGACGGGGGCUGCUUGGAGGCGCAGUUCGAGGUUGUUGCCACCACCCCAGAACAUCAGAAGCUUGCACGGCGAAUUGUGGCCGAUUCUGUUGUGCUGCUUAAAAACGAUGGGGAUGUCCUGCCCCUCGCCCCGGAUGUCAAGAAGAUUGCGCUCUUGGGUUCAGCUUGCGAUCCUCCAAAUGACGUGGAGGAGUUGUUGAAAAAGUGGGACAUGCCCAACUAUUACACCUUUGGUGGAUCUGGUCGUGUGGUUCCUAACAACCCGCUGUCAAUUCUCAAGGCUGUUGAAUCAUACUGCAAAGAAUCUGGUUGCGAAGUCGUGUCUGAAUUGAAUGACACGGUGGCGGAUGCUCUGAGCGUUGCCGAGGGCGCCGACUUGGCAGUGAUCUGCUCGGCCACCACAUCUUCUGAGGGCUAUGACCGCUCAAAUCUAUCUGUCGAUCAAGAGGACUACGUCGUGGAGGUCGCCAGUCAGCUGAUCGGGAUCCCAAAGAUUUCCAUCAGUAUCAUUCCUGGAUCCAUCGUUAUCCCAUGGAUCGACCACGUCGACGCGGCCCUGGCUGUGUUCUUGGCUGGAGAGGCCACUGGAACAGGGAUUUUGGAUGUGCUGAGUGGUGCGGUGGGGCCUGGAGCCAAACUUCCAGUGACCUUUCCCCUCAAAGAGGAGGAUGCCAUUCAACCCUGUGAGAACAACACAUGUGAGUACACAGAGGGUCUUUUCGCUGGCUUCCCAUGGUACGAAGAUAAAGAGGUCGCCUUUCCGUUCGGUCAUGGCUUGUCAUACACAAAGUUUGCAUACGAACUGCUCUCGCUCGGGCCCGACUGCGAGGGUGAAGCACCGCCCAGGCCUGGGCACCCCAGGCCUGGGCACCCCAGGCCUGGGCGCCCCAGUCGGCCACCAGCCAAUGGGCUCAGAGGGCGUCCACCGCGUCCUACACGCCCACGGCCACCCUCAGAGCAGAGCCUGGCCUGUGCGGUGGUUGGGCUUCGAAAUGUUGGAGACGUGAAAGGUGCAGAGGUAGUUCAGAUGUACCUUGGCUUUCCAGAAGGUCUUGAUGAGCCGCAGAAGCUGCUCCGUGGCUUUGAGAAGGUGCGCCUGCCGGCCGGUUUGUCAGACCUUGUAAAGCUGCCACUUAGUGCACAAGACCUCUCCGUGUGGUCAGAGGAUGACCACUGGUAUAUCCCUGAGGGAACCUUCAAGAUUUACAUAGGGUCGUCCAGCCGAGACAUCCGGGCUGAGGCAGACUUUGUUGUGGCCGAUGGCCAAGUCAUAUUCUGA